GUUUCAAUAGAUAAAAAUAAGAAAUGUCAACUUCAACAAUAAAUAAUAAUGAAGUAGUAGGAGAGAGUAAUUCAAAUAAUAAUAAUAAUUCAGAUUCCUCAUCCCCAAAUAAUUUAAUAUCAAGCCUUCACAUAGAUUUGAAUAACUCUGCUGCAGUUAAUUGGAAAAUUAUUUCAACUUCUAAUACACCAACACCAAGAUUUGAUAAUACAUUGGUAUAUUAUAAGAAUUUUAUUUAUAGCUAUGGUGGAUCAGAUUCAAAUACAAAUAGUCCAGGAUUUGUAUCUUUUUUAAGAUUAGAUUUAGAAAGCUUUCAAUGGCAAACAUUGGCAUGUCCACUCAGAAAUAGAAUUGUUCAUACCUCAGUUAUUCAUGAAAACUGUAUGUAUGUUUUUGGUGGUGGUGUAUAUGAAGACGAGAGAACAUCAUUCUUUUCAAAUGCAACAGCUAAAGUUUUUAAAACUCUUUGCGAACUCUGGAGAUACAAUUUGGAUGAAAAAGAAUGGACCUUACUCGAAAUAAACCAAACAAGCAAUCCUGAAAAUUUAACAAUCGAACCAAGAGAUGGCCAUUGUAGUGUGGUUGUAGACGAUGAAAUUUAUAUUAUUGGUGGUAGUCAAACAAUUUAUACAAAUUCAAAAAUGUCCUCAAAUUGUUUUACUAAUUGCAAAGUAUACAACAUCUCAACCAAUACCUGGCGUCAGAUUCCAGCCCCUUCAUUGGGUAGAUUGGGUUCUGCAGUUUACUACAAACACAUGGACGGUAGAAAAUGUAUUUAUUUCUAUGGUGGAUAUGGUACUGACAAUGUACCAUCACCAGACUUGUGGAGAUAUGACAUUAAGCAAGAAAAAUGGAGUUUAGUAAAAUAUAAAUCAACAACUGUAAAUAAUACCACUGAUGCAGCAUCAACAACAACCACAACUAAUUCAACACCAUCAAAUGAAGUUUUAAUACCAGAGUCAAGAUUUGGCCAUUCUGCAAAUGUUUUUCAAGAUAAAAUGCUAGUUUAUGGAGGUUAUUCAAAAAAGAAAGGAUUUUUAAGAGAUUUUUAUUCAUUUGAUUUCGAUAAAGACGAAUGGAAACAAAUUAUAACAGAAGGGCCACCAAAAAGAAGAAGACAUUCAACUGUAUUAAUUGAAAACUAUGGUGGUGGUGGUAAACCAAAGCUUUUCUUAUAUGGUGGUACACAUCAUUCAUGCAUCUAUAAUGAUUUUUGGGAAUACUCUUUUCCAAGUCCAGUGCCAAUUCCAAGCGACAAUUUGGUAGAGGACUUUUCAAUGCUUUUUACCAAAGCCAAAGAAUUCUUUAGCGAUGUCACAUUCAACGUUGAGGGUAAACAAAUUCAUGCACAUCGUAAUAUUCUUUCAGUUAGAUCACCAUACUUUAAAUCAUUAUUUUCAAGUGGCCUCAAAGAAACUUAUGAAAAAGAAAUCACAAUCAAUGAACGUCAUGACGAUUUCAAAACCUUAAUAGAAUUCCUCUAUAGUGGUAACGAGCAAUUGGUAGAAUUGGAAAAUUGUAUUGGUAUUCUCUAUCUCGCUGAUCUUUAUUGUGUACCAAGAUUAAAAACUGUAUGCGAAUCCAAAGCCACCGAGGGUAUAGAAUGCGAAACUGUAGUAAACAUCUUUAAAGAAGCUGACAACUUUAAAUUGACCAAAUUAAGAAAGCUCUGCUUAAAUUUUAUGGCUCGUAAUCAUAAGGAAUUGGUAAAAUUAGGUUUAUUAAAUGACAUUGGUUCGAAUGUACUCUUAGAAUUAAUGGAUUAUAUGUCAAAGUAAAAUAAAAAAAUAAAACAACAAUGUAAUAUUAUUUAAAAAAAAAAAGCAAUUUAAUAAUUU